CGCAGCGCUUUAGGCAGAGCAAGGAGGCGGAAAUAUUUCAGUACCCUUGAAGCGAACAGCGCUCCCGGGAUCCGCACGCUUUCUGAACACCGGGCUCCUCAUCCAAGCCCGGCGAGCAGGCAGGACUAUAUUCAUACCGGGGUUAGGGGACGGUGCAGCGGUCACGGUAAAGCUCUUGCAACAUCGUGACAGUUGCACGCUGCUGUAGUGGAAGGGUGAGAGAAAGGGAGGAAGAGAGAGAGAGAAGGGGAGCAUCAAUACAGAGAGAGAUGGCGGAGUGCGGGCGGAAGGCGCUGUCUCUCCUGGAAGCGGCCCGCUCCCGGUACGAGAGCCUGCAGAUAUCCGAUGAUGUGUUCGGGGAGUCCGGGGAUGACAGCAGCGACAAUCCCUUCUACAGCACCUCCGGUGACUCCGACUCCGGGGACUAUAUUGCCGAGGUGGGUGAGGAGGACCAGCAGCAGCCGCAACACCACCACCACCACCACCAGAAACGGGGCGAUAAGGAGGGCAGUGGACACCGUGGGGGGUCCGGAGGGGGCGGCGGUCCCCCGGGCGCCCUGUCCCGUAGUCAGGCGGAGGAGGAAGGCUGGACGGAGACUCUGCAGGAUGUCACGGUGCCGCCUUUCAAAGAGACAUAUGGCCCUGCUCAGAAGAUGACGUCCAGCGCCACAGCCCUGGACUUCUUCCAGCUCUUCGUCCCAGAUAACUGCAUCCAGAACAUGGUCACCCAGACCAACAUGUAUGCCAAGAAGUUCCAGGAGCGCUUUGGCUCAGACGAGGGCUGGCGUCCCGUCACAACCCAGGAGAUGAAGGCUUUCCUGGGCUUCGUCACCUCCACCAGUGUGCAGCGCUGCGAGUCCGUGCUCAGCAUCUGGAGCUCGGGCUUCUUCAGCAACCAGAGCAUCGCCUUGAAGAUGAGCCAGGCGCGCUUUGAGAAGAUCCUCAAGUAUUUCCACAUUGUGGCUUUCCGGCCGUCACAGGGGAGCAACCAGGGCCUGUACAAGAUCCAGCCCUUCCUGGACUCGCUGCAGCAGUCCUUCAGCUGCACCUUCAGACCCUCACAGACACAGGUACUUCAUGAGCCGUUGAUAGACGAGGAUCCGGUGUUCAUCACCACCUGUACGGAACGAGAGCUGAGGAAGAGGAAGAAGAGGAAGUUCAGCCUCUGGGUUCGACAGUGUACCUCCACCGGAUUCAUCUGUCAGAUCUCAGUGCAUCUGAAGGAAGGCACAGACUGUCUGGCCACCUUGAAGAAUAAGCCUCAGCUCCACAGCCUGGUGGCCAAGCAGCUCUGCCAGAACAUCUCUGGCAAGAACACCAUCAUCUUCACAGGGCCGUCCAUCACCAGCCUCGGACUCUUCACCGAAUUCAGCAAACAAGAUAUCUACUGCUGUGGCCUGCUGAGCACCAGGAAGAGCGACUGCACAGGUCUACCACAGAACAUGUUGGUGUGCAGCUCCACGCCAGCGCAGCGCGGCCAAUCACGAGUCAUGAUGAAGGGCAGCAUGUCGCUGAUCAGCUGGUACAACAAGGGACACUUCAGGUUCCUCACCAACGCUUAUCCCCCAACAAAACAAGGUAUCAUCAUUAAGAGGAAAAGUGGGGAGAUCACUUGUCCCCUGGCUGUUGAGGCCUUUGCUGCGCACCUCAGCUACAUCUGCAAAUAUGACGACAAGUACAGCAAGUACUUUAUCUUUCAUAAGCCUAACAAGACCUGGCAGCAGGUGUUCUGGUUGAGCAUCAGCAUCGCCAUCAACAACGCGUACAUCCUCUACAAGAUGUCCGACGCCUACACGGUUUAA